AUGCGCAACGAAGCCCAAUCCCUCUUCUACUCGACCAAUGCUUUUGUACUAAACAUCGAUGUUCCGAGGACUUUACUCAGGAUACCGGAGUUGCUUGCUCUGCUCGACAGUGGCUCUGAUGGCGGCAUUCUGAGCAUGAUCAAGGAUUUCAGGGUUCGGGUGGGAGGCAAUGUCAUGGUUGAUGUUUGCGGUCCGAAGAAUAGGUGGAGGAAAUAUGGGGCCAGGGUUUUGGUGGCCAGGGUGCCUGAGGAUGAGAUUACGGGAUUGUUGAGGGGCGAAGAGAAUAUUGGGAAAUGUGUUGGAGGGGUAUUGGACGAGGUUGGAGAGGAAGGCGGUGUCAGUGCUGGGCUGAUUAGGAGGGUGCUGGAUGAGAUAUUCUGGAACUGGGAAGGUGGCGGUUGA